UUUGUUCCUUUUUGUAAAAUGAAAUGGCUGAUAGUAUAAUUUCCAACUUUUUUCGAUGCUAAAAAUAUUUAAAUAAAGAACGUACACUUUUGACUUUAAAUGCACAUCGUAUUCUGAUAAUGGAUGCAAAACACAGAAAGCUUCUUAGAAAGCAGAGACUGCAUCUAGCCAAGCAACUAAUCGUUGGAGAUACAAUAGUUCAGUAUUUAUAUCAAGAAAACAUUCUAACAGAAAGUCACGUGGAAGAAAUACGUUCUCAGAAUACAAAUAAAAAAAGGGCUAUUCAACUUUUAGACAUCUUACCAACAAGGGGACCUAAAGCCUUUGAUUUUUUUAUUGACUCCAUUCAGGAUGAAUAUCCCUGGAUAAAAACCAAGUUGUUGGAUGAGUUGACACGGCUUGGAGACGGCCAGACUGGCUCUGCAGAAACACUGAAGCUGCCAGAGCAAGUACAAAACACCAUUCCAACAGAGAAGCAAUUAAAUAAACUUGCCAGCAGACUGGGACCAGAUUGGGAAAAUGUGUUAAUUAGUCUUGGCUUAACUACAGUGGACAUCUACCGGUGCAGAGUCAACCAUUCCUAUAGUGCACAAUCCCAGACUUUGGCUGCAUUUGUGUUGUGGAAACAGAAGUUUGGAAAGGAAGCUACGGUGCAGCGUCUGUAUGAUGCUUUCUUAGAGAAUGAAGUACACCCUUCUCUGGCAAAUGACAUCUUUCAAUUAGAAGUAGAAAGUAUUUAGUGUCUCAAAACAAAAUACAACUACCAUUACUAUUGAUAUUUACGUAUAUUCUGUUUAUUCCAAAAUUUCAAAUGCCAGUAAGUUGUAAGAAAAAGCCAGAAAGGCCAGCAAUUCACACUUGGAAUGCUAUCCCAAAAGAGUCUGUGCUUCAAAUAUACUGUCAUUAUACUGGCAAAAUGACACACUAAAUGUCAAGAUGUCCUUGUAAAUAAACCACUUGCUAUUUUUCUAAGAAGAAACUGAUUUUUUAAAUUAUUUUAACCAUUGUUGAUCCAUCUGCUUCCCUGGUACCAACCACUGACGUGGGCUGAAGAAAACAGUGAAUUUACUAAGCACAUGCACAGUUGGGCUUUAUAUAAGGCUAUAAUGUUUACUGAUAGACUCUGCAGAAUUUUGAAUUAACUCAUCAAAAUGGAGAGAUCUAAAGCACA